AUGAGGCUCUCCAGCUUCUUGCCCCUGAUCGGUGCAUUCUCACUCUUUCAACAAUCAGCAGCACGAUCCCAAGCCUCCGAGGCCAUUCGACAAGUGACUCCCGUUGACAAUGCCAUUAUUCGAACACCGUCACAUCAAAUAGACCACCUGUCACAUUUCGAUGUCACCUUUCAAAUACACGCCGGAAAGCGGAUAAAACUAGAACUCGAACCCAAUCACGAUAUUCUAGCGGACGAUGCGUAUGUGCAAUACGUUGCCCCCGAUGGAACGUUAACCCACGCCGAGCCCAUACAGCGUCAUGAGCACAAAGUGUUCCGAGGACGCGCCUUGGAGGGAUCGGGCAAGGGAAGGUGGACGCCCGUUGGGUGGGCCAGAAUCACCGUCAAGAGAGAUGGCGUGGAUCCUCUCUUUGAGGGCGCGUUCAGUAUCAACGACGACAAGCACCACGUUGAGUUGAUGUCCAAUUACAUCGACAAGAAGCGCCCGAUCGAUGCCGAUGUUCCGCUCAAGCAUGGGGAAUAUAUGCUGAUUUAUCGCGAUUCGGACAUGUUCCAUUACACGCACUCCGAGCUCAAACGGUCGCUGCCGGCGACCACCGGCUGUGGAGCGGAUCAGCUCGAUUACAAUGCCGACCUAUCCAACUCGAUCUUCCCGUACGGUGUUACCCCGAUGGACGACCGGUGGGGAAUGACCUCACUGGAUUCACUGUUUGGGCUGAGCAAGCGACAGUCUGAUGAUGGUGGUGUAUCGGGUAACACCGGCGGUGUCAAUCUAAAGUCGACCAUCGGAGACACCAGCGGCUGCCCCAAGACCAAGAAGGUGGCUCUGAUUGGAAUUGCAACAGAUUGUGAGUUUACCGACUCGUUCAAAUCCACCAACUCGACGCCAAAGGAAGCCGCCAAGGACUGGGUCAUCAACGUGGUGAACACGGCGUCCAGUCUCUACGAAGACUCAUUCAACGUGUCCAUCGGCCUGCGCAACCUCACUAUCUCUGAACCAGGAUGCUCCAGCUCCAGCUCCUCCACGCCAUGGAACGUGGAUUGCAGCAGUGGCAAUGUGACUUGGCGUUUGAACGAGUUCUCCAAGUGGCGUGCGAAGAACUCCGAUGACAAUGCUUACUGGACUCUCAUGACAAACUGCCCCACAGAUAGUGAGGUUGGUGUAUCCUGGAUGGGUCGGCUCUGCUCGUCCGAUUUGGUCAGCUCAGGGGACAGCUCUGUUACCGGUGCGAAUGUGGUCGUUCGAAACUCCGGCUCUUCCUGGCAGGUGUUUGCCCACGAAACUGGGCACACCUUUGGAGCGGUGCAUGACUGCACUGAGCAGACUUGCGGACAGAAACUGGACAGUUCUUCUCAAUGCUGCCCACUGAGCUCGUCGACCUGUGAUGCUGACUCGAAGUACAUCAUGAACCCAUAUGCCAGUAACUCCAUGACCAAGUUCUCGCCUUGUACCAUUGGAAACAUCUGUUCUGCUAUUGGCAAGAACAGUAUCAAAUCAUCAUGUCUCUCGGAAAACAAGGGUGUUGUUACCAUCAGUGGCAGUCAGUGCGGCAACGGCAUUGUCGAGGCUGGCGAAGACUGCGACUGUGGUGGCGAAGAGGGUUGUAGCGACAACGCCUGUUGUGACGCGUCGACAUGCAAGUUCAAGACCGGCUCUGUGUGCGACGAUUCCAACGAUAGCUGCUGCUCCAAGUGCCAGUUUGCAUCCGCCGACACUAUCUGCCGCGCUAGCACUGGUACCUGUGACAUUGCAGAGAAAUGCCCUGGAAACUCUGGUGCUUGUCCAGAAGACAAAUAUGAAGACGAUGGUUCAUCCUGCGGUGACAAAGGUCAGGGCCUGAGCUGUGCCAGCGGACAAUGUACCAGUCGCAACUACCAGUGCCGAACGGUCGUGGGUUCUCUGCUCAACAGCAAUGACACUUGGGCUUGCGAAAACACCCAGGACCCCUCCUGCACCCUUGUUUGCGGCGCGCCUUCCAUCGCUCACUCGUACGGCACUACACCUUGCAUCCGCAUGAACCAGAACUACCUCGACGGUACCCCCUGUGACUCUGGUGGCCGUUGCAGUGCCGGCCAGUGCAAGGGUUCAUCUGCGAUGGGUUGGAUCCGCGACCACAAGAAGCUGGUGAUUGGUGUUUGUGUCGGUGGCGGCACUCUGAUCCUCCUCGCACUGUUCUUCUGCAUCUAUAGUCGCUGCCGACGCAGCGCGCAGUUGCGGAAGGCCCGCAAGGCUAUGCCCCCUGGCACUUAUCGCCGUUAUAACGGGCCUCAGCCUACGGCUCGUCCACCGCAAAUGCACCAGUGGCAUGGAUACCCGAAUUCUGGGUAUCAAAAUGUGCCACCCCCAGGUCCGCCACCACGAUACUCAUGA